AUUUCUCAUUUUCUCAUUGCUUUUAAUUGAUCGUCUUAAUUAUUAGGCAAUGACAAACAUGAUGGUGGAAUCAAUCUCCAACAUGUUGGAUCGAUGGACAAUACAAAUAAACUCGGGCAAUCCCGAAUUUGACAUGGAAAGCGAGAUCAUAGGAACAGCUGGUGAAAUAAUCGCUAAGACAAGCUUCGGAGUCACGGGAGAAAAUGGAGUUCAAGUCCUCAAAAACCUAAGAGCUGUGCAAUUCGCUCUCUUCAACUCAAAUCGCUACGUAGGCGUACCGUUCAGCAACAUUUUGAAUUUCAAGCAAAACGUUAAAGCAAAGGAGCUAGGCCGAGAGAUCGAUGGUCGCCUUUUGUCGUUCAUAAACGAACGGAAGAGGUCUUUAGUCAAAGGUGGCGACCAAGGCCACGAUCUUCUCGGAAUGUUGAUUAAAGCGGAUCAUACAGGGAAUUUUACGGCAAAGGAGCUUGUGGACGAAUGCAAGACGUUCUUCUUCGCUGGCCACGAGACGACGGCUUUAGCACUUACGUGGACGUUCAUGCUUCUCGCGAUUCAUCCCGAGUGGCAAGACUCGAUCAGGGAAGAGAUUAGACAAGUCAUCGGAGAUUCCAAGAUAGAAUAUAACAAACUUGGCGGACUAAAAAAGAUGAGUUGGGUAAUGAACGAGGUUCUCCGGCUAUAUCCGCCUGCGCCUAACGCACAACGACAAGCUAGGACAGACAUUGACGUGAACGGCCGAGUGAUUCGAAAUGGAACAAACAUUUGGAUCGAUUUGGUGGCGAUGCACCACGACGUAGAGUUGUGGGGAGACGACGUUAACGAGUUUAAGCCGGAGAGAUUCGACGGCGAUUUGUACGGUGGUUGUAAGAACAAGAUGGGUUUUAUGCCGUUUGGUUUCGGAGGGAGGAUGUGUAUCGGUCGGAAUUUGACGACAAUGGAGUACAAGAUUGUCUUGUCGUUGGUUUUGUCCCGGUUCGAAAUCACGGUUUCGCCCGGUUAUCGUCAUUCGCCGACGCAUAUGCUCUCUCUUAGACCAGGUUACGGUUUGCCUCUAAUUGUGCGACCACUUUAGCUUGCAUUAACGCAUAAAUUACAAAAUAAAAAUGUUUUUAAUCUUGAGUUUGAUUAGGAUCAUUUUUCUUUUUUUUUGGUCGGCAGAUCAAAAUUUAAGGUCUCGACUAUCUCUACUAUUAAAAGAAAAAUCUUUUAACAAAUUAAGAAAAGUCUUUUAACAAACUAAGACCUUCCCCAACGGAGGUUUUUUUUUUUUUUUUUUGGCUCAACAAUAACUUUCAUUAACCAAAUCAAGAACACAUUAUAUUCACCUCAAUAGAUUUAGACCACAAAACAAAUGCAAAUGGUUGAUCAAGUACAACCCUAGAACACUAGGCGGAUCCAACGCUACUUAAUCGAGAACCAUUGCAUUUUUUAACCACAACACUAGGCGGAUCCAACGCUACUUAAUCGAGAACCAUUGCAUUUUUUAACCACAGCGAGAUAGAUAAUACACCACGACUCGGAGUGAAAUCAUCUCUUAAACUACCUAAAUUGACUCAAUGACAUGAAAUCAAAUACUAACACAGAGAAGGCCUAAACCAAUACUGAAAACAGAUCAAAUCCCAGCUAAGAGAUCCACAUGAUCGACGUGAAGAACUUGUCUCAAUAACUUCAACACCCAGGAGGCGCAUGAUCAGGAGGCGCAUGAUCAGAAAAGCAUGAUCAGAAAACCUCCCAACGGAGGUUUUAAGGGGUUUAUAAGAGGGGUUUUAAGUGAAAAGAAGGAAAAAAAUAAAUCAGAAAAUUGAAAAAGAAUAAGAGGUUCUCUUAUAUAGUAGACUCGAUUUGUUUAUAAGAGACGCUACGUGUCACAAAUUGGUUGGGCAAACCGAGAUAAAAAAAAUUUGAUGGUCGAUUGAUUUUUUUUUCUUCCUCUCCCUCUCUCUGUCUCUCUCUCGAUCGAAGUCGCGAAGAUGUUGGGGUCGGAGGAUGGUCGAUUGAUUUUUUUCUUUCUCUUCCUCUCUUUCUCUCUCUCUCUCGAUUGAACUCGGAGGAGAUUGAAUUCCGAUAUUGCCCAUCUCGGCUUUUUGAUUCCGGUGAGUUUUUCGAUUUCUAAUCUCCUCAUUCGAAUCUUUUCUAUUGCCCAAC